GUGGAGGAGCGGCGGCGCGGAUAUGCGGAUGCUGUCAGAGGCGUCCACAUGGCUGCUCUACCUUUCAGAUACCCGGCGGAGUCGCUGAAACCGGAUAAGCUCACCGUGCUUCAGGACAUCCUGUGGGCGAGGCGUCCAAAGGAGAGGACUACAUACGUCCGUCCUGGGCAUAGACUUCAGGGGAGGUAUGAUGCAGGUGGACUGUCUGGACGAGUCGUCCGCCGACUGGCUGAGGGAGCACGCUCCAAAGCUGGACGGGCCCUGUCCUCUGCGUGAAGAGGGUGGAAGAUGUGCCAAUCAUGCACAGCAUGACGAUGUUCCUCCCUCGGAGCGGGGACAGGACCUACGAACACGCCUUGAACCUGGUGAGGAACCAGAACCGGGGACUAAGUAUCUCGUCCUGGUGUGUUGCAGGCAGCAAGAAGGAAAAGCUAGGCGACAUUGAGGGAUGGAGGUUACACCUAUACAUCAACGACGAGUCGUACAAGUAUGUCCGGGCCGCGAGCUUCCGCCUGUUUUACAGGUAUAGCACGGUCGUCAUGCGGCCCUACAAGCCUGCUGACACCGCGAGCAACGAAGCUAAAACGCCUGCGACUCUACAGGACAGGGGCGUCGAUAACCAGGCAGUGCCGGAGUCCGCCCCGGAGGAAACUAGAAUGGAGGUGGACGAGUUGUCGGAGCAGCCCUGCGGGAGCAAGUCCGGACAGGCAGGGACAGCAACGACCACUGACGUCCCCGCAGAUGGCCGGAACAUGGAGCUACCCUCAACGCAGGAGCUCCUAGACGGACUAGGAGGCCCAAUGGACAGCAGUGCGGUUGACGGCGGGGUAGAGGAUCUCUCUCUCCUCGAGCCCAUUCUAUGAUGGCCGACAUCAUGGAAAUUGUCCAAGUGAACCUGCAUCAUGCGGCGGCAGCCUCAGCUGUCAUUACAAGCAGGUUCACUGCGGAGAAACUGGGCACACGGAGGCAAAUAAGAGUUUCUGACACAGGACUUGGUGGCGGUGCAGGCCAGGGAUACGGAGGGAAAAGACUUCGUCCUGGCCUCGGCAUACUUCCCGAGAGAGGCAGCAACGGCACCCCCGGAGGCGGUGGAAAGGCUGGUAGAGCGCUGCAGACUGCACAAGCUCCCCCUCAUCAUCGGCUGCGUUGCGAACGCUCACCACACAGAAUGGGGCAGCACUGACUGCAA